AUGCAGGCACCUGGAAUCUGGAAUCCACUGAAUGGAAUCCAGAAUCCAAGCUAUCUUGGAUCUUACAAAUAUGACGAACCAUUUUCACGAGAAACACGAAAGUUUUGGCGAGGCGCCCCCAUUAGAGGCAGUACAAUGCUGGACCUUCGGUAUAACGAAGAGCCAAGGGACUGGCAAAAUGUAGCUAAAUGUGUUCGAUCUAACGAGAUUUCUUUAUAUCGUGGUUCUUUUCCAUAUAUUUUGCUAUUACUGGGGUAAAGAAAAUCGUUUCUAUAUACCGAGGACUUCGUUAUAUAAUAGUUCGUUGGAUCGAGGUCCGGUUCCACUGUAAUUAUGCUUCGUUUGUUCCUUGUACCACAUUUUGACCUUCUCCGUUCAGUACGAGGAGAAAACAGUAACGGUUGCCAUGCCAUAUUCUCUAUUAGAUUUCUUCGACAAUUCAAUAUUUGUUUACUUCAUAUUACAGGUUUUUGAGGAAUGAAUUACAAGGGAAAUGAUCAAUAAUUGUAACGGAAUAUUGUCACAUAAAACCUGUUUACAUGCAAUGAACAAUCCAGCCACGACAAGGAAACUUGCUUGCAUAGCAGGCGGGUUUUUUGUGUGUGUUUUUCGAUUUUCUCCCCCCUACUCCCCUUUCGCUUUAUGUUUUACCUCGAUUCACUGCCGUUAUUUUGUUCUCACAAACGAAAAUUAAAGCACACCCCAAAAACCUCUCGUUCCACAGGCUACAAGAGCUUCUUAUGGUACUCACAACCAAUGUUUGCGUGCGGGUGGUCAAAGCUAUUCAUUUUCGACUGUCUAUUCCAACCCUUAAUUGCAAUAAGAGUGCAUGCAUAAACCAUACAGGUAAAACAGCCAAAAAAUUAGUUUAUUAAGGCAAAAAAUUGCAUAGAAUACAGUACUCAGAACAUUCAGUGUACUCGGGUAGCUUAGCACUCAAGAUUAGUUAAGAUGCGAUCGAGCGAUAGCAGAAUGUGGGAAUAGUUUAUUUAAGUGGAAAGUUUUGGUAAGUAUUGCCUUCACUUCAGUCAGAUACAUAGUGCGUUUCCUACCUUCUCCGUAGCCUGCGGGCAGGCUCAAUUGAGCUCCGCAGACAAAAUGUUCCCCAAAUUUGCACAAGUGGGCCAGCUGGCAGGCUACCCUCUACGCGACAUGACUGAUUGGCUGACUGAUUAAAAAGGUAAUAACUCUGGACUUCCAUUCAAUUCAUUGUGUUUUUGGGUCUGCGCAUGCGUCGCGGUUAACUGUCACUUUUGUAAAUAAGGAUCUUUGGAAAUUCAGUAGGAUUUUUUCAUCAACGGUUAUUUUUGAAACCCCUUGCUCUUGCAAAAUGGUGAAGGACAAGAAAAGAAUAAGGCGCGCGGCGUUGACUACAGCGUCAACAGUCCAGUCAUAAAAUGCAAAAGCAGGGGUGAGUUUGGAUAUAUUGGGUCAUAUUGAAUAAUUCUGAUAUGUCGUUUUUCUCCUAUUUCUGUGCAAUUUUAAAAUUACAGCUCAUUCUAAAGGAUGAAAAUGAUUUCGAUCUCGGAGAUGAAUUGGUCGCUAGUAUUUGGAUUAAAAGCAAAUCUCGACCUCUUCGCUUUGUCGAAGGCCUCUCGACUGCGAGUCAAGAAUCCUCGCAGUUAUCUGAACUGUUAGUCAAAAUCAUUUUCAGCUCUUAAACUUUGCAUGUUUAGAACUUGGGGCGGACUUUCCAGCUGCUGCGAUACAAUAGUUAUUAAUACGCGCAGAGUAAGGUUCUAUAAGAAUAAGGCUGACAUGUAUAUUCAUUAAUUGGUCUGAUUUCAUUGCUUUUUUGUUUAUUAAAUUCUCACGAAACUCACAAAUCCAUCUUUUUUAAACAAGAUUCAAAUUGCCACUUAUUUAGCUUUAUCCAUAAAUAACGAAUUUCCGGCGAGUCUGGUCUAGAGAGUUUCGCAACGCAAAAUGCACAACGCUAAAAAAGGUUUAGUAGUUCAGUUAUAAAAUCGAUGAUUGUUAAUUUGCAUGUUACAGUAUGAGUAGUAUCGCUAAUAUAAAAUCUGUCAGCAAUGUUCAUCUGUUCACAGCAAAAUGUAAUUCGUGUGAAAUUUUGAUAGGUUUUCCUUACGCUUGAAUUAACAUUCGCUAGCUUUAUUAAUGCUUUAUUGACAUUUUUUUCCUACUGUGACGUUUUUUGGUUUUAUAAUACAGUAUCUGUUCUUUUGUGUGCGUGCGACGCGAUUCCAGAACACACCAAAAAGAUGAAACUGGAUAUAAACCUGACAACAACGUUGGUUUGUGUAUUUAAAAAUUUCCGGCGAAAAAGAGAAGAUAAAAUUCUUAGUCCGAGGAACUAUCAUAGUUUCAAAAAACAGCUUUGUGAAAUUUUACUUUCGUGAAACUAAUAUUUGUUUUGAGAACACUACUCAUCAACUGAUCUUCGACAGAAAGUUUUAUUGUUUGAAUAAAACUGGAAACAUACGAAUAUAGCAAAUUAAACAUAGGAGAGAAGUAAAAUUGCUGACCUCCCCUAUCGGUAAGUUAGGCUUUGCCUCUGAAAUGUUUCCUUUCCUCACGAUUGGGCAUAUUUGGAAAACCCAUAAACAAGCUUAAAAAAAAAAAAAAGAAAUUUGUGUUUCAGUUGCUUCCCGCUACUUAUAUCAAUCUUUCCUCAUGCUGGUUUUGAGAUUGGUUUUGUGUCGACGCCUUUACUUGGACCCAGACUCCUGAAUCCAGUUAUCACUUUUGAUGGCAGUAGUUCAAUCGAACCGCUCAUACAAUUAGUAAGGCGAUGCAAAACGAAACACUAAACGGGAUUAACCGUACUGACAGUCGCUUGCACUUGAAUUUUCUUAUCUCCAGAUCAGAUGAAAAUUGGAGACUAGCAUUCCAGUUGAAUUAAGAAGCCAUGUCCGUUUACAGCAAUUCCGAUUCAGCUGAUGUUGUAUUAAUGGUGGCCCAUUCUGUACUCGUCAUCGUAAAUAUUGCCGGAAACGUUCUGGUCUGUGUCAUCAUUGUGAAGAAUCGAGAUAUGAGGUAUGCGAACAAAAAAAGGUGCUUGAUAUUAGAGAGAAAAUGUGACGGUUGUUUGUUGGGACAAAGGAAAUUGAUGGUAUAUACGGGUGUCCGUAUUAAGCGGGUGACCUACUGUACCCUAUUCUUCAUGUACUCUCUGAGCAGCUAUAACAUAUUGUCAAUGCUUUAUUCUACAGGACUUCACUCAACUAUCUUAUUCUUAAUCUGGCUGUUGCUGAUAUCACAACAGCCGUAUUUUUAUCACCAAAGUACAUAUUUUCCCACUUCAUCGCACACCCAGAAGGAGCAGCAGGCACCGCGCUCUGCAUUGCGGUGACUGGUGGAAUCAUUGGAUGGGUCGGCGCCGCCACUGGAGUAUUUUGUUUGGUUGCUAUAGCUGUUGAACGUUACUACGCGGUGGUUUAUCCAUUUGAAAACAUGGAGGCGCUUAGUAAAAGUAAACUUAAGGUGUGAUAAUUUCAAAUAAUCAUAAAUUGUAAUAGCACUAAGUGUAUUCGUAUUUCGAUUACCUCAUAUCAAAAGCCAGAAGUUAAUUCCAGAAAUCAUCGCGCCUUGCAGACUAUUGAGUUUUAUGAAGCGUUUCGUAUGACACUGAAAACUGGUUUCCUUAAGUGUUCGUUAUUUAUUUUAUCAGUCAAUAGAUGAUGGCAAGAUGAUCACCCUUUAAGUGGAGAAAAGUGUCUUUCGCGUGUUCGAUUAGCAACUCAGUAUCUGUUCCCCAUGUCUUGGAAAAUAAAUUUUCAGCAAUCUUUUUUUUUUUUCAAGAGGGAUUAUUUUUGUCUGUUUAAUAGACCAAUCAUAUUUUUAUAUUAUUUUUUGUUUGUUGUUUUGUUUUGUUUGUUUGUUUUUUCCAUGCGUAUAUAACCGUUUCAAGGUCAAUCGAAAAUCACUCUUGACUAUCAGGCAAGCAGAUAACUGGAUGAUCUAAGGGCUUCGCGCAAACUGCAUGAUUCGUCUGCAAGGCAAUGCCAAAUUCUCGGGUGGCGAGUGAGAUUUUACACGCAGCCAAAGAACAUGGCUAAUCAGAUUGUUAGCUUGAUUAAAUAAGAAAUAAAUAAAUUCUUUAUAAGACUAUACUGAUACAAAUAAUGACAAUGAUGAUGAUGAUGAUGACGAUAAUAAUACGUCAUCAUCAGUGUUACUUGAACCGGACUUAGAAUCAUUUCCUUUUUUACACUUUUAAAAAAAUGACGGCAGUUUCAAGGAAUUUUUGCUUUCAACAAGCGACACUGUUUGGAUGCUCUUCGUGAACUUAAUUAUAAUUGGUCCAGAAUUGAUAUCCAGCCUAGUCGCAGAUAUAUAUGCUGAUUUCUGUGCGCUUCAUAAAAUAACCUUACCAUAAUUAUUCCCUUGUUUCGCUUGAUAUCAAAACAGGUGAUAAUUCUUAGUACGUGGAUUCUUGGGAUAAUCUUCAAUAUUCCAUCGUUCAUGUACAGACGAUAUAACGAAUAUUGGAAUUACUGCAUCAACACGUGGCCAAGACAGUGGGUCGGCAAGGUCUACAGUCUUUACUGGUUUUGUCUGGUAGUCCUCUCUACUUCUCUCAUGGCCAUAUUGUACUUCCGUGUGAUGUACACUUUGUGGUUCAAACAUGAGGACAGGAGAGAAAACAAUACGCAACAGAAGGUAAAAUAAUUUAAAAACAUUAUUGGGUAUGGAAUAGUAACCCAUAUGGGAAGACAACAUUAUUGUCCCAUAUAUUAUACGGAUGAUGUUUAUCACUUACUACAGGUUAUUAUGCAUAUUUCAAUGUACAUGACAUGAUUUAUAUAGGCAAGAGAUAGGUAGACUGUGUGAUAUGCUGACUCAGAGUAAUGCAAAUUCCUGAAAGUGCUUUUGCUCUACCUUCAGUUUAAAGUAAUAGCAUUUCCAACGUAUCUGCGUUUUGUUAUUUUAAAAUAUAUAUGUUGAUGCUGUCUUAGUGUUAAACUGAACCAAGAAAAAGUACUGAAAGAGCGCACGCUUGCAUGAGUUUCGAAUGAGUUCCCGCGGUACUUAAAGUUAAUCUUUAAACGGGAAUUUUUUCAGGGAACAAAAGCAUCAAGAUUUCUGCAGAAAGAACCCUAACCCCAACCCUAACCCUGACCCCCCCCCCCCCCCCCCCUUCUCUGAAAGUCUGGAUCCGCCACUGUGUGCAGUAACUAGUGCGCAACGAAGGCCGCGCCGAGACUCUGAAUUCUGCAAACGUUUAAAACGUGAGAAGUUAAAUCGAAGUUAGAAAGUGUGUUUAAAGGAGAGUGAGUAGGCAUGAAAUUACUUUUUUGGGUUUUAAAAAAAUGCGCUUAAUUGACGGCGGUCAUAGCCGGGUAACCCCAAUAACGGAAUUGCAACGCAAACUUCAUCUCUCUUGUGCCUGUCUAAUUGUUUGUUUGUCUUUUUUUUUUUUUAAUAACAGGCCGUUCUGAAGAUGCGAAAACGAGCUACCUUAAUGGUCAUACUUGUCAGUGUUGUCUUUGGAGUGUGUUGGGUGACUGACAGAACCAACUACCUUAUGGUACAGUUUUAUUCCCAUACGGGUGCAUUUCUCUCCCUAGCGGCAUCCAAUACGAUGGUCUUGGUCAAUUCUGCUGUCAAUCCGAUUUUAUAUGCAUUGGUCAGCUAUCGUUUCAGAGAAAAGGCGAAGAGGAUGAUACAAGGUAGCUGCUGCCGCACAGCAGUUCGUCCUGCCGGUGGACUGCAGGUGAUGGCAUCUCAGUCACCCAGGGCAGGUGACAUCUCCAGUAAAUGUUAG